AUGGGAUCAUCACAAUCAAAAGAAGAGGUAAUUAAAGCACAAAGCGAAAUUAAACAAAUUUUAGAAACUAGAUCAAUUAAUAUUACCUCUAAUAGUAAUUUAGUCGAAACAGCAGAAAUGGCUGAAGAAUUUAGUUUAAGAACAGCAGCAAACUUAUUGCCCUCUGUGGACGAUACAGAGAAUACUACUAAACAAUUAAUUAAUGCUAUAGAAUUGUAUGACGCACAAGCAGAUGGAGAUGGUGGCGCAGUCAAAAUUUUAAGAGUGGCUAAUGAAAAAAUUGCAAUUAAUACGUUUGCUAAUGGUCUACGUAACCAUGAAUUGCGAACAGUUAUUAAGGCGCGAAAUUAUGCAAAAUUGAAAGACGCGAUUAGUGGCGCGAAAGAUGAAGAAAUUUCAAAGAAAGCUUCAUCUUCAUCACAAGUUUUUCAUACGCGUAACAAGAGUGAUUCGAGACAAAAUAACGCGUAUAGGGGUAAUUCGCGUUCAAACGGAAACAACAGGGGAAGUUAUAGAAAUAAUAGCAAUCACACUAACAGAAAUAAUAAUUAUAAUUCCCGGAAUAGCAAUUACAAUAACCAAAACAAUCGUCAGCGUGAUAAUAAUAACUUUAGAGGACGAAAUAACGGUCGUUAUAAUAACAGAAAUCAAAGAUCAGGUAAUAAUAGAUACAAUCAAAAUAAUAAUAAUCAAAGAUGUAACGUGAUAGGAAGUGGUGAAAACAGAGAAAACGGUAGUACCAAUUCAGGAGCUACAGUAAGUAUUAUUUUUGCAUCUCAUUUGAGUGACAACCAGUAUAUUGAUUCCUCAGAAAAAAUUAAAAUCAACGGUAUAGCUGGUUCAACAUAUGCAAAAGGAAAAACAAAUAUUACAUUUUUAUUAGGAAAUACUAAAGUUAGUCAUGAUUUUCAUGUUGUAGAUGAAUGUGGUAGCGAUAUGCAUGGAGUUUUAGGAGCUGAUUUUCUUUUGAAACAUGCAGCUAUUAUUGAUUACGAAAAAUACUUAUUUCUAUUUUGGAAUAAGGGUGAGAAAAUUUCAAUACCUCUUGAUUCAAAAUUCAAUUAUUGUACAACAAUACCACCAAGGUGUGAAAUAAUAAAGCAUUUUUUGGUAGAUAACAAUGACGAUAGUGUAAUCGUAUCCCAAGAAAUUUGUAAAGGUGUAUAUGCAGCGGGACUAAUUGUUAGACCUGUUAAAAAUAUGAUUCCGAUCCAGUUACAAGACGGAGCAACGCCCGUUUACGUGAAACCGUAUCGGUUGCCGCACGCACAGAAAGCAGAGAUUCAUAAGCAAAUUGACAAAAUGUUAGCGGACGGUAUUGUAGAAAAAAGUAAAUCAAGUUGGAAUAGUGCUCUUUUAUUAGUUCCGAAAAAAGCAGACAGUAAUGAUUCAUUAGGUGGAGCUAUGUAUUUUUCACAUUUAGAUUUGGCACAAGGAUAUCAUCAAAUCGAAUUAGACUCUGAAUCCAGACAGUAUACAGCAUUUACGACAGACAGAGGACAGUAUCAGUUAACUAGAUUACCAAUGGGAUUAAAAAUUAGCCCUAGUGCGUUUGCUAGAGCAAUGACGAUUGCCAUGUCAGGCUUAAAUUAUGAGAGUCAUGUGAUAUCAGCAAAUGGUAUUUCACCAGAUCCGGAAAAAAUCCGCGUUAUGCAACAGUAUCCUGUCCCUAAAGAUGCGAACGAAACAAAGCGUUUUGUAGCAUUUGCUAAUUAUUAUCGAAAAUUUAUUAAAAACUUUGCUGAAAUUGCAGCACCUUUGAAUCAUUUAUCAAAGAAAAGAGUAAAAUUUUCAUGGAACGACGAAUGUCAAAAAGCUUUUGAAACAUUGAAAAAUGUCUUAAUUAAUCCGCCAAUCUUGCAGUACCCAGAUUUUUCAGAAAAUAAUCAUUUUAUCAUAAGAACUGAUGCUUCAGGUAAAGCCUUAGGAGCAGUUCUAUCGAACGCUAAUGGUAUGCCUGUUGCUUAUGCUAGUAGAACUCUUAAUAAAUCAGAGAAAAAUUAUUGUACUGUUGAGUUAGAGCUUCUUUCUAUUGUAUGGUCGGUCAAAAAAGUUCAGACCAUAUCUGUUUGGUAA